UAAAGCUGCUGCUGCUGAUGGUGCUGUUUGCCAGUGCAACCAGGGCGGCCGCACGGUCGGUAUCAAGCGGUCUGUUUCCGGCACGUUCGACAUGGAAAGUGAUGAUGAAACCUUUUAUACGUACCCUCGUAGUGAAUGCUAUUUUGAUGCGAGUGUACUGGGACUACCUGCGAACGCUCUCCAGCUGCUCCUCACCGAUGUUAGCGCUCUUACUGCUGGCUUUUUGCAGCUUGUGAGCGGUCAGCAAGCGGCAUUGUCAUUUGGCUGGUUUACGAGACAUGAUUUUACAUUGAAGGUCUUGCAGUCUACGACUGCUGGUGUUGUGGAGGUUCUGAAAACGGAGCAAGAAACGUAUGUCUCACACAUUUUCACAGGUUUGGCGCUCGAGGAGAUUUUGGUGGUGCCGAACCUCAUAUUCAUCGACCCUAUAUUCCUAUUACCGCGGCUGACGAAGUUUCAGCGGAACGUCCUCUUUCUCGCCCCGACCAUUCAGCAGCAGAUGUUCGUGUUGGCACAGUACCUCAGCAGCAUUGGUGACCCCAACGCCCACGCCAUCAUCCGCAACAACGAAGGUGCGGCCAUGGCUGAUGUGUGGCGGCGUUCGCUCGUCACGUUUGGCGGAUCACUGAUAUCUACACAGCUGCUGGGUGCCACAGAACCGUUUGGCGCCCUUCCGACGACGGGGAGCAUUUUGAUCAUCGGCUUGUCGGAGAGUGACGCUGCUACCAUUGAGCAGCACCUCCGCGUGAAUGAGGGAGUGCGCAUCAUGA